AUGGGGCGGGAGGCGACGGAGCCCUACGCUGAGCAGCAGCAGCUGCUGGUACGCCGUUGCCGCCGGCUGUUCUCCGCCGAGGAGCGGUCGUUCCGCAUGGAUCGGCGCUCGCGAGCCGCCGCCGGCCUCCGCGACGCCGUCACAAACGUGCUCCCUCGUUUCCUCGGCAGCUACACCGACGACACCCUCGCAGAGUACAUUGUGAUUUUAAUCUGUAAUGGAAAACAUCAAUAUCAAGCGCGUGAUGACUUGGAGGUCUUUCUCGGUGAUGACAGUGCAAAAUUUGUUGCAUGGCUUUGGAGUUAUCUGAACAAACAGGCAGUGGCAUCAGCUGAUAAUUGUAAGGUUCAACAUAAUAUGAACAAUGAGUGUGGGAACUUGAAUGAGAAGAAAGAUCUUGUUGCGAAAUCCCACCGUGGGGAUGUUCAUAUUGUAAACUCAAAGAUCUCAGUACUAGAAACAUACAAUGGUCUUCAUAAGCUUGAAUCUACUACAGGACGAAAUGUGCCUCAGCGGUGUAUCAGCUCCACUGUUAUAAGUUCUCCUGAAAGAUUGGGCUGUGACCAGUGCAUCUGGGAGAAUCAGCAUCAAAAGAAUGGUCAACAUGCAGCAUGCAGCAGAAGCUUCUCUGAAAGGACUGCAGAAAUAUUAAUGAAAGAGGAAUUCCACCAUGGUGAGCACCUUGGUAAAAAUGCUUCUACAAGAUGGUUGUCUGAGGCUGGAGAAAUUUAUGAUGGAAGAUCACCAGCUUCCUUGAAACGGCGUCGCAAUGUCUGGGAUAGGCUAGGGAAGCCGGUGAUAGAAGAUCAUGGUUUAGUUAGAGAAACUCAUGAAAUACCUAUUCAAAAUGGAGUACAUAAGAUGUCCAAGUUAAUGGUGGCUGAGCAUGAAACAAAAUACCAUGUCCCCUCAAAUGCUCGACAUGAUGCAUUUGAUAAAGCAGAUUCCCGAAAGUCUACCAAUAGCUAUGCAGAUGCCAACAAAGUGCAAGUGCAUGAUCAUGCGGGGAUGGCAAACAGAAGCAGGCUUGUUGGCCGGAUAAGUUUUGGUGAAGGAAGUGUGUUUCAUGGUGCUGUGGGGCGCAAUAAUCUUGAAGAUAGAGAUGUUAUCAGCCAUAAGUCCAGUUUAUCCGUGCCAAUCAAAAGCAUUCAUUCACAAAGUUUUAAUGAGUUCACAUCUGAUAUGAGGGGUUCACCUGCUGCUGUUUCUGAGCCCACAUGUAAAAUAUCUACACCAUCAAAAGGGCAUGCUUCGGCCUCUACAAAAUUGCCUCCAAUAACUAUGCGGAGAAGUUUGGAAACUGAAGUAUCUCAUAGUGAGCAAGUUGGCAGCCCUGCAAAGUCAAAGACUCCAUCUUCUGUACAUGAAGGUGGUAAGAGCUGUAGGAUCAAGCCUGUGAAAGAAGAAAUUUUGGAUGUCAAACUAAAGCUCAAGCAAAUGGAACAAGAUGUCCUCAAGCUCCGUUCCAAGCAGUCACAGAUAAACAAUGGAAAGCAAGGAGCCCUAUCAUUAGGUUUGUUCAUGAUGCCUUGCUUUAGACCCUUUUCUACCUUGAGGUCCCUGGGGAACAGAUUUUCAAAUUGGAGGAACUGA